UAUCGUUCGGGUCGCGGAGUUGAGCCAUGUAAAGGAUAACGCGUCAACUGUUGCGUCUUCUUUGUCUACGGGCCUGUUUUCUUUCCGAAUUUGUGUUACCCUUUCUUUGAGAUGAAGGGAUGGUUUGGUAUUUCCCUGGAUGUAAUAGUCCAAUAUUUGGGCGUUUUGUUUUUAGUUUGAGUUGAUUGGAAGCUUGGAAAUUUUCGUUUGAAAUGGACCUGAGAUCGAACGAAACAUUCGAAGGAAUCGACUAUGGACCCCUUCAAACGUUACCUCCUCCGACCCUGUCAACCUCGAUGCCAACCCUGGCAACUAUCAUUACCACUGCCGACAAUAGUGGUAUGCCAUGGUGGGUAAAGUGUGCCUGGACAUCGGUUUUUGCCAUCAUGAUCACAGUGGCCUGUGGUGGAAAUUGCAUAGUUAUCUGGAUUGUUGUAGCGCACCGAAGGAUGAGGACUGUCACCAACUACUUCCUCGUGAAUCUGAGCACAGCCGAUCUAUUGCUCACCCUCCUGAACUGCAGCUUCAACUUCAGCUAUAUGAUUCAAAGACACUGGCCUUUUGGAAGUGUGUACUGUUCCAUCAGCAAUUUUAUUGCCAAUGCCACUGUCGCAGCAAGUGUUUUCACCCUCACUGGAAUUUCCUGCGAUAGAUAUUUAGCAAUAGUUCAUCCUCUCCAGCCACGUAUGUCUGAAUGUUCAUCCAUAGUAGCGAUAGUAAUCUUUUGGACAGCCAGUUUCAUAUUCGCUCUGCCUUGUUUGAUAUAUUCAACGACAAUAACCCACAGCUACAGAGGAAAGGAGUCUAUAGGGUGCAUCCUCAUCUGGCCAGACGGCAAGAAAGUGGGAUCCAAAUUCGAUUUUGCGUACCAGAUGUUAUUUCUGAUCCUCACUUAUGUGGUUCCUUUUAUCCUCAUGUCUUAUUGUUACACCAUGAUGGGUAAGGUACUAUGGGGAUCAGCGUCCAUAGGAGAAAUGACACAGAGGCAUAUAGAUUCCAUAAGGUCUAAGAGAAAAGUUGUGAAAAUGUUUAUACUCAUAGUCUUCAUCUUUGGCAUAUGUUGGUUACCCUACCACAGCUACUUCCUCUAUGUCUACUACGAUACGAAUGUGAUCUUCAGCAAGUACACUCAACACGUCUAUCUAGCCUUCUACUGGCUGGCCAUGUCUACUGCAAUGGUGAAUCCACUCAUCUACUACUUCAUGAAUGCCAGAUUCAGACGGUACUACAAGAUGGCAGUUUGUGGAUGGGGUUGCCAUCAUAAAAACAGCGAUAUGAACGGUAAAUCCCCGAAUACUUUCAGAAAAAACUCCCACUCCUACCAAUCAGGUGAAUAUAAAGCAAAACACGUCAGAUUCAGCCACAAAAUGAUCUACUUUCUUAAUUUAGCAGCGUUGGAUACAACGCUAAGAAGAAAAAAACCCAACGAAGACCAUCUACACCAAUGUGUGUCAAAUGGGAGAAGCCCCCUAUUGUAUCGACAAGGAACUACGGUAUCGAAGGUUAACAUCGAUACGAAAUUCAGAGAAUCGAGAUACAAGAAAAGAUGGAUCGGUAACGGCAAAGAUGAAAAUAACGAACAAAAGACUGCAGAAGUGUAGUAUUUUCGAGGGUUUUUAUAAAUGGAUUGAUGAAAUUUCAGGUGACAAACAAUAAAUUGAACCAUCAAUGAACGUGUUCGCACAUCUCCCUCAUGUUCUGGUUUGUAUGUUGAUUUUACAUCACAUAUCUAUUUUAUUUGUAGUUCUUUUUUAUUUUCUUUAUUUUUUUUUAUUAGGUAUAACCUGCAUUAGCUUUGUAUAUGAAUUAUAGGUGAGUUGAAGACUUGUACGUUAGUUUUAACAGGUGAGUACCAUUUUCCAUAGUUCAUAGAAAACAUGAAUAUAACAAGUUUAAUGAAAAUCCCUGUAUGGGUGUCGGAUGGUCUUGUGAAAGUGCAAUAAAUAUCUGUUUUUUGUAUUGAAAUAAGUGAAAAAAAAAUUAAAAUAUUGAUCAUUAAAACGAUCAAAAAAAAAUAACAAAAAUAUAAGUUUUUCCGCAUUAAUAUUAGAAAAAAAAUUAAAAAAUUACUUAUUCGUAUAAACUGAUGGACUAAGUGGACUUCAAACUGUAUAUAAAAAAAUAUGGCAUACAAAUGAAGGAAACGUACACUUAUGUAUAAAUUCAAUAAAUUAACAUUAAAUAUUCCGAAAUAUGGAAAUUUUUUCAAAAUUCAAUAAAUCUAGAACAGAGUGAAUGGUAAAUAAUAUUUGUUUAUUUAUUCGAUGGCAGCAACCUCAAGCUGAAAUUAAUAUGCAAUUCUUAAACUCACCUUGUGUCAAUAGGAAUUUUAAUUUCACACGAUAUACGUGUUUGAAGCUUUUUCUGUUGAUUUGUUGAUUGAUUUUAUCAUAUUAUAAAGUACAAAUGAAGGUUUUCCGAAUAUCGAUCAUUAAUACCCGACUAUACCAAUGAAAAUAUGAAAUAAAAAAGUAAGUUAAUUACUUUAUAAAGGGAAUAUUGAAAAAAUCAAAAGUUUGUAUAAACCCCAAUAUUAAUAAAAUGUAUGUCCGAGUAUUUUUAUAUUUGUAGCCAAAGAAAUAUAAAUUGUUUGCUUAAAUUGAUAUAGAAAAUUUUAUACUGUAGCCGAAGUGUACAUCUAUGUAAAUAAAAAUUCGUCAAUUUUCUAUAUGUUAAUGAAUGUUGAUAAGUUUGUUUUAUUUCGAAGUUUGUAUAACUAUGAUAAAUAUAUGUUGAUGUUUUUUCUCUUCUCAAACCUGACUCAAAUAAAUAAUCUAUUGAUGUUCUUUCAGGAAUUGAUUAAAAGUUUAAUGACUUGUUCAAUAAGAUUCAAUCGAUAAAUAUCGCGUACGUAAUAGAAAAUUGCAGAGAGGAACCCCAUUGUGAUAUUUUUAUAACAUAUAGUUACAUAGUAAUAAGAGACUUGUUAAUUGAGUUGUGAUCAUUA